AUGUAUCGGCAGCUCCCGAGCCUCGGCUUGGCUUCCCGCCCGGCUCUUCCGAAGCAAUUUGGCUCAAGUCGGUCUCUCUCGAUUGUCACAUCAUUACCGCGCCCUGUGGCUUUAGCCAAGCGUGUGACUACUGCCCAGCCCACGCCUCAUUCCCACGCCUCAUUCCACACACGCUCAAAACUCAGCCUCCAACCUUCCACAUCGAUAAAAGCCAAGGCUGCCACAUCUACCACCACAACCUCAUCAACAUCGAGCAGCUACUCUGACGGUGGACCUGCUACACCUGGAGUAACGACGGAUGCCAAAUCACGAUCUACAUACAUCACUUGGGCAAGUGGCAUUACAAGCAAGUUCCACAACAUCUGGCUUCGUGACCACUGUCGUUGUCCGCAAUGCUACCACCCAACGACAAAGCAGCGUCUGCUAAACACGUUCGAAAUCGCACCUGAUACUCAGCCUGUAUCAGUAGAGGCGACGACGGAAGGAUUGCUAGUUUACUGGCCUUUGCUGCCAUCUGAACGUAGCGAUACACGCUCGACUCCAUCUCCGCCUGUCGAGGCCUCGCCAGACGCAGCCAAUGCAAACGCAGCCGCACCAUCACCUGGACCAUCACACCCCUCUUUGUACCCAUGGCGAUGGCUUAUGCGCAACUCCUACUCUCCGGUCCUUUCCGAUCCCGUCACUGCUUCGAACGACGAUACAGGUCUCAAAGCGAUCGAAAAGGUGCUUUGGGGCAAAGGCAUCGGCUCAGCACCACCUACAGUCAAAUUCGACCAAGUCAUGCAGAGUGAAGAAGGUGUAUUGAAAUGGGUCACAAAGAUCGCACAGUACGGCUUUGCAUUCGUAUCUGGCGUUCCACCAACACCGACCGACACAGAAGCGCUCAUUCGACGCAUCGCUUUCAUCCGAGAAACGCACUACGGCGCAUUCUGGGACUUCACCUCUGACCUUGCACACGGAGAUACAGCAUACACAGAUCUCGCACUUCAAGCUCACACAGACACGACCUACUUUACCGAUCCCGCUGGUCUACAGAUGUUCCAUCUUCUAAGUCACACGGCUAGCAAAACAGCAUCUGCCAAAGGUAGCAGCUCCAACUCCUCCUCUUCCUCCAACAAUCCAUCUUCUUCCUCCUCAUCUACUUCUUCCAGUACAGCUUCAAAAGGCCCAAGCGGAGGCGAAUCCCUCCUAGUGGACGGCUUCCUCGCAGCCGCAGUCCUAAAAGACGUCCAUCCAGAAGCCUACGAAACCCUCUCCCGCGUUCGCAUCCGAACCCAUUCCGCCGGUGACGAAAACACAAUGAUCCGUCCUCUCCUCGACGGAGGCUAUCCCAUCCUCCAACACGAUGAAGCAACCGGAGAACUGGUUUCGGUGCGGUACAACAACGAUGAUCGCUCAGUCCUCCGCGUUGAAGCUGAUGAAGUAGAACCUUUUUACGACGCUUUACGUAAAUGGAACGAAAUCUUGACCAACCCAGAAGGAGAGUAUUGGGUGCAGUUGAAACCAGGGAUCGCGUUGAUCUUUGACAAUCAUAGAGUACUGCAUGGUAGAUCAGCAUUUGUUGGGAAUAGGAGAUUGUGUGGAGCGUAUGUGAAUCAUGAUGAUUAUAGGUCAAGGUUGGCGGUGUUGAGGGCACAGUUUGCGGAAAAUAGAUCGACUAGAGGUGUUUGGGAUGAUGGUCUGUAA